AAAUUAACGUUCAAAGAUUAAUAGUAAACUCGGAGCAGUACCUCGCUCCUACCACCUUCCUCCUCUGAGGCUAACAUGCAACUGUCGUCUCUCUCACUUGCUGGGCUCCGGCAGGCAGCUGAUUGGCUCACAGCAGCCAGCUACAUGACAACUUCUAUUUAUUUUUAGGUACCAAGCAUAAAAAAUUUCUGAAAGGGAAAAAUACAGCUUUCAGUGGAAUAACAAGCUUUUCCCAAAAGCAAAUCCUAUUAGUGUUGCACCUUUCAGUUCCACGAGUGUUAUUUGUGCUUCAUGAAAUUCAAAUACUUUAAGGAGCUUUAAAAGAUAUUUUGGAUGCUGAAAUUUUGUAGUGUUUGAAAGUGGUGAUAAGUCGUUACUCUUAUAGAUCUAGCAGUGACGUGGGCAAACUUUUUUCAAGUAUGUUCCCUGACAGUGUUAUAGCAAGAAACGUUUCUUUUAGUGAGAGGAAAUUUGCUUAUCUCUGCCAUUUUGGAUUAAAACCUUAUUUUCAGAGUCUCAUAUAUGAUGAAUUAAAAAAUAUAUCCCACUUGCUAUUUGACGAGACUUUGAAUAAAAGAAAUAAAAAAGAGCAAUUAGAUUUGCAUAUCAGAUAUUGCCAGUCUGACCAAAAUCAGGUUGUAACUCAGUUUUUGACAUGUUUUCAUGGGACAUUAUCUGAUGUUGAGGAGCUGUCAAAUAAAAUUUAUUAUUAUUUUCCAUCCCUGCGAGCAGAAUUGUACAAUUGGAAAGGAACCAUUCUCUUGAACUUUUGUUCAUUCUCAGAACCUAACUUAACUUCUUUAAAAAAGAACUUUGUGACUAACAUUUGGAUUUUUGGAUCAUUUGGAUGGGUCAUCAAAUAUGAAAUUUAA